UCCUUGCUCCAGGCCCUGCUUCGACUUCGAACGAAACAGUAAAACAAACCGCAACGAAUCGGCGGCGGGGGUGCGCCGAAUGCCGGUGGUGCCCGCGCCGCCUCUCCCCUCCCCGCCGCGCCCCAGCCCCACCGAAUCGAAGCGGAAUAGAACAACUCCACCGCGCGCCCACUUGACAAAUUUCCUAUCCGAUUCGAAUCGGCGCGGAGCUCGUGCUCCUGCCCGCGCCCGCCCCCGCCGCGCGCGCAGGUCCAAACCCAACCCUAGCCCCCCACCACCCCCACCACCACCCUACCAGAUCCGGAGAUCCCGCGCGGCCACGGACGCGAAUCGGCGCCCACAAUGGCGGGCCUAGUGGCGCCACCCUGAUCCCCCCGAUCCGGCCCGCCGCUUGCUGCCCCCCGCGCCGCCGAUGGACUCCGCCCGGAGCUGGCUGCAGAAGCUGCAGAAGGACAAGGCCAGGCCGGGCGCGUCGCCACUCGGCGCCGGGAUGGCCGGGGACGACGAGGACGAGCCGGUGCUGUCCAGCGCCACCAAGCAGAAGGUGGAGGCCGCCAAGCAGUGCAUCGAGAACCACUACAAGGCGCAGAUGAGGUCGCUCCAGGAGCGCAAGGAGAGGCGUUGGAUGCUGGAGAAGAAGCUUGCUGAUGCUGAUGUAUCUGAAGAGGAGCAAAACAAUAUCCUGAAGGAUUUAGAAAAAAAGGAGACAGAAUACAUGCGCCUAAGGAGGCACAAAAUGGGCGUUGAUGAUUUUGAAUUGCUGACCAUUAUUGGGAGAGGUGCUUUUGGGGAGGUGAGACUUUGUAGAGAAAAAGCUACAUCCAAUGUAUAUGCAAUGAAAAAGCUCAAGAAGUCUGAAAUGUUACGAAGAGGCCAGGUUGAGCAUGUGAGAGCUGAAAGGAACCUCCUUGCAGAAGUUGAUAGUGCUUAUAUAGUUAAGCUCUACUGCUCAUUCCAAGAUGAUGAGUUUCUAUACCUCGUUAUGGAGUACCUUCCUGGUGGUGACAUGAUGACUCUGCUCAUGCGAAAGGAUACACUUACAGAGGACGAGUCUUCAUUUUAUGUUGCAGAGACAAUACUAGCAAUUGAAUCCAUUCACAAGCAUAACUAUAUUCAUAGGGAUAUCAAGCCUGACAAUUUAUUGUUAGAUCGAACUGGCCAUCUGAAGCUUUCAGAUUUCGGCCUAUGCAAGCCUCUAGAUAGUAGCAGCUUUCCAAAUCUCACUGAACUUGACAAUGCAGCGGGGAAUAUCACCAAUACAUCAGCAGAUGGUGAUAAGCUAUUAAGUAGCACUGCUGUUCCCAGGCGAACACAGCAGGAACAACUAUUGCAUUGGCAGAAGAAUCGCCGGAUGUUGGCUUAUUCAACUGUUGGUACACCUGAUUACAUUGCCCCGGAAGUCCUAUUGAAGAAAGGAUAUGGAAUGGAAUGUGACUGGUGGUCACUUGGGGCCAUUAUGUAUGAGAUGCUUGUGGGUUACCCACCAUUUUAUUCUGAAGACCCAAUGUCAACAUGUAGGAAGAUAGUAAAUUGGAGAAGCCAUCUUAAAUUUCCUGAAGAGGCCAGACUUUCUCCAGAAGCUAAAGAUCUAAUUAAUAAGCUAUUAUGUAAUGUGGAUCAGAGACUUGGGAUGAAAGGAGCACAUGAGAUAAAGGCUCAUCCAUGGUUUAGAAGUGUUGAAUGGGAAAAGCUAUAUCAAAUGGAAGCAGCUUUCAUACCUGAAGUUAUUGAUGAGUUGGACACACAAAACUUCGAGAAUUUUGAGGAGGCUGCGCCUACCAUGCAAACUUCAUCAAAGGCAGGUCCUUGGAGAAAGAUGCUUUCCUCCAAGGACAUGAAUUUUGUCGGUUAUACUUACAAGAACUUCGAAAUAGUGAAUGAUCCUGAACUUCCAGGAAUAGCUGAAUUAAAGAAGAAGAACAACAAACCAAAACGACCAACCAUCAAAUCAUUAUUUGAGUGUGCUGAAAGUGACGAUCAGCCUGAAGGCAGUCUUUUGGGCCCAUUGCCGCCUCAGCUAGAGUUGCCUGAGAGCCCCUCGCCUCAUUCCAGUAUCUCCUCCGAAGAUUCCCAAGCACAACACAGAUAACAGGUGUGUGUUUUCUGCUACCCGUCUCCCAUAAAUGAAAGCAGAAAAUCACCCACAGAAUCUGGGUCCUUUGCAUAUGGACAGAUGGCAGCCUGCUCAAGUGGCUGUUUUAAAGGGCAAAUCUUAGAGUAUCUAUAAGACCGUGGAUUUUGCUCUCGUGCAGCUGUUUGAAGUCAAGUCAUUGUGUAUGUUGGAGCUCCAGGUCAUCCUGUACAUUGUUACCUCAUUUGUUUCCUGACGAAUCCAUAGUCCUGAGCAGGUUUGGUUGACACAGAGAGCCAGGCUAUCUGCUGUAAAUUCAUGGAUGGAUCCUGUGCAGGGACGAGGUUCGUUGCAUUCGUUGGAACAUGUCAUGGUAUGCUGCCUGGUUUUUUUUGGCGCAGAAAUCUGCAUUUCCGCGUUCCUGUCGUAAGAUUUGCGACAACGUAAAGAAGUUCAUCGAGGAACGAGCAACUUGUACCAUCAAGGAUACCCUGUAAAAGAAUGCUCACUUUUGCCUUCUAUUAUAGCUAUAAAUUGUUCUUCUGUCUAUAUAUGCCCAUUAUUUUCA